GCUUAACCUUGAUAUUGUGUUCUGUGUCAAUGUUAGAUUUUAGGUUAUGUUAUUAUUUUGAUGUGAAAAUUUGUAUCCUUAUCCAACCGAUUCACCCACUCAGGUUUUCAAUUUCCUAAUCAAACGUUUUGUAAUUCGCGUAUAGAUUGUAAAAAUACACUCAUGUUACAGCUUAUCAGUGUUUUAUCUUGCCAAUAAUUAAAAAAACAAGCAGAUAAUCAGUUACAUCUCCAUAGUAUCUCUAGUUUAAAGUGGAAAUGAGGACUACAGCUUUGAUCUUCCUAGCGUUCGUGGCAUAUGCCCAAAGUGCAGACAACCAAAUCGUUAGAGCAAGGUUGGAGAGCUGCCCUGGCUGCUCCCUAAACAGGCUCCCAGAAGUGAGAGCUUUUGUAUAUGAAGAUAUCCCUAAAUACGAGAAUGUAGAGUGGAAGAAGAUCUCUGGAGCCCCUCCAGAGUUGAUAUUCUUGAAUGAUGCAGAUGAGGAAAUGGAAAGAUACUUUUUGGAUAGAUUGAACAGAGAUGAAUGCAAUAAAUUGCUACAAAGCAAGGGCUUCAAGCACAAAGAAGACACCAAAGAACUGUAGACAAUCUUUGAAUGUUUGCUUGUAUGUACUUAAUAUGGAUAUUUUGUUCCUUUUUGGUUAUUCCAUCCAAUAUACCAAUAGUUCGUAAUCUUUGUUUGAUUGGAUUAAACCAUUAUCAUUGAUCCCUCUAAUAAGAACAUAAUUAAAUGAUGGAAGAUCAACAUGUUGGUCAUAAAAUGAAUUAUCCACAACUCUUUGUUUUUUCAAUCAGAAUACAAAACAUGACAUGUUACAUUGCUCUGUUGUAACAGAGGCAAAAAUCUCAGCGCGUACACUGACUAAUCAUGAUGUGGAUAUAUUCAACACACUAAAUAAAC